UAGUGUACAAUACUUAAUCGUAGGAAUAACCAUCCGUAAGAUAGCCAGCAUUUGAAACGCAACGACAAUCUACUUUGAAAUUUCAUUGGAGGGAAUAUUACCCUCCCACACUCCCUCCCCGUUAUCUUUUAAAAUUAAGAACCAAUCGUUUUCUUUAAUUUUAAUUUAAAUAAUUUCAUUCCCGUUCAAAAAAAAAAAAAAAUUUCGUUAAAGAAUCUAAAGCAUGGAUUAUCCAACUGACUGCGUUUACACUCUCUCCUCCUUGCAUUGCAAUGGGCCCCAAAUUUAAAAAACGGAAGAAUUACUUGUCUUUAAUAAUUUCUUUCUUUCUUCCACUUUUAAACUAUAAAGCUUCAUUCACUUUCACUCUUUUUUCUCUCUCCUCCAUUAAAGCGUACUUUGAAUUCUCCAUUAAAGCGGCUUUCUAAGCUUUCUCUCUUCUACGGAAAAAAUUUUAAGAAGAAUUGCUUGACGCAUUCUUGGAGGUUGUGUUCUGGUCUUAAAUGGAGGAUCCUAUUGUGCAAUUUCAACCAUUGAUGUCUGAAGGGAUUGAGGAACUAUGCAAUGGUUCUGCUGAUGGUGGUGAAAAAGUUGUGGAAGUGAUGAAAGCAGCUGUUGGGUCGAGUAAUAGGAGAGCAGAAGCAAGGAGUAGUUUAGGUUUGAAAACAGGUGUGGCUAAAUCAUGUGUAAGUGGGAGUCCACAUAAUCCCAAUGUGGUAACUGUAAGGGCAAGAAGAAGUAGCACUGGUGGGUCGGGUGAAAAGCAGUCUAUUCCUGCAAAAAAGCAGCAAUCUGGUUCUGGUUUGGCGGGAAGAAAAACUGCCGGUCCUUCUGUUUCAGAGCCAGUACGGCGAUCAUUGCCAGAAACAAGGACGUCCAAGGUUUCUGAUGUUGGUAAGAGUGUUAGCAAAAUGGGUAUCAGAGAUACAAAAUCAGGGCCAAUUUCACCUGGGACUAGAACUUCGAAGAUGUCUACAAGCUCUAGUUUAAGUAAGAAUGAUUCUGAUAACAAGAAGUCAUUUACACCUGCUAUAGGUUCCUCAACAAGUAAGUUUCAUUCUUCUCCUUCAGUUGAUAGUACAGUAAGCAGCACUACCAAAAAGUUAUUGUCAAAGAACUCUACACAGUCAGCUCAAUCCCCAUCAGUAUCAAGUGGAUUGAAGAAAAGUACCAAGCUUUCUUCACCUUUGACUCGGUCUCCAUCUGUAAGUAGUGGAUUCAGAAAAGGUACCGUGUCAGCUUCACGGGACCAGAGUUCAAGCUCAUCUGGUCGAAAGAAGGCAGCAACCUCUGAUUGCCAGGAUUCUCAUUUCAUAGUUCUGCCACAGGUAGAGACCAAAGCCGGGGAUGAUGUGAGGCUAGAUCUGAGAGGUUUGAGGAUCCGUAGCCUGAGCGCAAGUGGUGUGAAUUUGUCUCAAAAUUUAGAGUUCGUUUAUCUCAGGGACAAUUUAUUAUCUUCGUUAGAAGGCAUUGAAAUACUUAAAAGAGUUAAGGUUCUUGAUUUGAGUUUCAACGAAUUUAAAUGGCUCGGAUUCGAACCACUUGGGAACUGCCAAGUCCUACAGCAACUUUAUCUUGCUGGGAAUCAAAUAACAUCACUUUCAAGCCUCCCAGAGCUUCCUAAUUUGGAGUUUCUCUCCGUCGCUCAAAAUAAAUUGAAGUCUCUCUCUAUGGCGAGUCAACCUCGGCUACAGGUGUUAGCUGCAAGCAAAAACAAAAUAUCAUCUCUCAAGGGUUUCCCACAUUUACCAUCUCUUGAGCACUUAAGAGUCGAGGAGAACCCGAUCCUCCGGAUGCCUCAUAUAGAAGCAGCAUCCAUUUUGCUUGUUGGUCCCACAUUAAAGAAGUUUAAUGACAGAGGUCAGUGUUUACCCUUAUACAAGAAAUCGAUCACUAUUGUGAUAGAAUCUCUCAUUUCAUUUUUACGGUUUGUUUCAGACCUUUCCAAGGAAGAAAUCACAAUUGCUAAGCACUACCCUACGUGUACUGCCCUCUGCAUAAGGGAUGGUUGGGAAUUUUGCUCUCCAGACCGUGUUGCAGACUCAACUUUUGACUUCCUCGUUGAACAAUGGAGGGAUCAACUGCCCCCAGGAUUUCUCCUCAAGGAAGCAUCAAUUGAUCUGCCUUUUGAGGAAGAUGCUUGCCGCUGCCACUUUAUUUUCCUUCAAGACCAUGGUAAUGACUCAAACUUGGUUUUAAAAUAUCAAUGGUAUGUCGGAGAAGGGGUUCUUUCAAAUUUCAAGGCAAUUCCUGAUGCCAUUUCUGAGGUCUACUGUCCAAAGCAUGAUGAAGUUGAUAAGUACUUGAAGGUUGAAUGCAUUCCUGUAUUUGGGGAGACAGAAUACCCUCCAAUUUUUGCAAUUUCUUCACAAGUCUCUCCUGGAACUGGAUGUCCAAAGGUCUUGAAUCUUGAUGUGCGUGGUGACCUUGUUGAGGGAAACAUCAUUAAGGGCUGUGCUGAGGUUGCUUGGUGUGGUGGGACUCCUGGAAAAAGUGUCUACAGCUGGUUAAGGAGAAAAUGGAACAGCAGCCCUGCAGUAAUUCAUGGAGCUGAAGAAGCUAAAUAUCAAUUGACUAUAGAUGAUGUUGAUUCAAGUUUAGUUUUUAUGUACACUCCGGUAACAGCUGAAGGUACCAAAGGAGAACCUCAGUAUGCCAUCACUGAUUAUGUAAAAUCAGCUCCUCCAUCAGUCUCUAAUUUACGGAUAAUUGGAGAUUAUGUUGAAGGCAACACUAUCAAGGGUGUUGGAGAUUACUUUGGAGGAAGAGAAGGUCCUAGCAAGUAUGAGUGGCUGCGUGCCAAUAAAGAAACAAGGGUAUCUGAAUUAAUAUUAAGUGGGGCUCCAGAAUAUACCUUGACACGGGACGAUGUUGGCUGCCGUGUGGUUUUCACAUAUAUACCUGUGAAUUUUGAGGGUAAAGAAGGUGAAUCUGCUUCUGCAUUUUCUGAUAUAGUUAAGCAAGCACCUCCAAAGGUAACGAAUACAAGAAUUGUUGGUGAACUUAGAGAGGGAAGUAAGAUUACCGUAAGUGGUGCAGUUACUGGAGGAACAGAAGGGGCCAGCAGAGUACAGUGGUUUAAAACAAGCUCUUUUACUUUAUCUGGGGAGGAUGGCCUAGAAGCUUUAAGCAUGUCCAAGAUUGCAAAGGCCUUUCGCAUACCAUUAGGAGCUGUUGGCUACUAUAUUGUUGCAAAAUUUACUCCAAUGACCCCUGAUGAUGAAGCUGGUGAACCAGCUUAUGUUAUAUCUGAGAUGACUGUUGAGACUCUUCCUCCAAGUUUGAAUUUCUUGUCAGUCACUGGUGAUUAUGCAGAAGGUGAAAUGUUGACAGCCUCCUAUGGUUAUAUAGGUGGUCACGAAGGCAGAAGUAUAUACAACUGGUAUCUUCAUGAGGAUGAAACUGAAACAGGCACUUUAAUCAAUGAAAUUUUGGGGCAUCUUCAGUUUCGAAUACCCAAGGAAGCGAUUGGUAAAUUUAUAGCCUUCAAAUGCAUACCUGUUCGAGAUGAUGGUAUGAUUGGCAAAGAAACCAUUUGCAUGGGACAUGAGCGUGUUCGUGCUGGAAGUCCAAGGUUGAUAUCUUUGCAAAUAGCUGGAAAAUCUAUUGAAGGAUCAACAUUGGUUGCUGAGAGAUUAUAUUGGGGAGGUGAAGAGGGAGAAUCAGUUUUUCGCUGGUUUCGGACUGAUUCAAGUGGGCAACAAAUUGAAAUCAAUGAUGCUAUGACAGCAUCAUACACACUUUCGGUUGAAGAUGUUGGAUGUUUAAUAUCAGUAUCCUGUGAACCUGUUAGAAGUGACUGGGCACGUGGUCCAGAAGUAAUCUCUGAGCAAUUUGGUCCCAUAGUACCUGGUCUUCCAUCCUGUGAGGAACUAAAGUUCUCAGGUUCUAUGAUGGAAGGGGAACGAUUGGCAUUCAUUGCUUCAUAUCAUGGAGGGGUAAAAGGCAACUGUUGUACUGAAUGGUUUAGAAUUCAAAACAAUGGUCACAAGGAGAAACUAUGUGCUAAUGAUUAUCUGGAUCUAACCCUUGAUGAUGUUGGGAGCUGCAUUGAAAUUAUAUUUACGCCUGUUCGGGGUGAUGGAAUAAGAGGAAUUUCCCAGAGUAUUAUAUCUGAUGUUAUCAUUCCUGCUGAUCCUGUGGGUUUGGAGCUUACUAUUCCUGGUUGCUGUGAGGCUGAGGUGGUGCUUCCACAUACGAUAUACUUUGGCGGACAUGAAGGUCUUGGGGAAUAUAUUUGGUACAGAACAAAGAAUAAGCUUCAUGGAUCUGAUUUGAGUAGCAUAUCUGAUACAUAUGAUGAUAUUGUUAUUUGUGGUAGAGACUUAACAUACACACCAUUUCUUGAUGAUGUGGGGACAUAUUUGGUGCUAUAUUGGGUUCCAAUUCGUGAUGACGGGAAACCGGGCAAGCCAUUGGUUUCAAUUUGUGAUGAUCCAGUUGCCCCAGCUCAUCCCAUUGUCAGAAAUAUUUGUGUGAAAUCUUUAAAUUUAAGCACUUAUUCUGGCGAAGGUGAAUAUUUUGGGGGACAUGAAGGAUCAAGCUUGUUCAGUUGGUACAGAGAAACAGCUGAAGGCUUAAUUACUUUAAUUAAUGGGGCUGAUUCUCUGACAUAUGAAGUCACUGAAUCGGAUUACAAUUGUCGUUUGUUGUUUGGAUAUACACCAGUUCGUUUGGAUUCAGUCGUUGGGGAACUCAGGCUUUCAGAUCCGACAGACCUUUUAUUUCCUGAACUGUUGAAAAUUGAGAUGGUUGCUCUCACUGGAAAAGCAAUGGAAGGAGAAUUGCUCACUUCCGUUGAAGUUAUUCCAAAUAGCGAGAGCCAACAAAUUGUUUGGAGCAAGUAUAAGAAAGAUGUCAAAUAUCAGUGGUAUUAUUCUUCAGAUUCUGAGGAUGUCAGAUCCUGGGAGUUACUUUCUUCAGAAAGUUCCUGCUCUUACAGAUUGCGUUAUGAAGACAUUGAUCGCUGCUUGAGAUCUGAGUGUAUUGUUACUGAUGUCUUUGGAAGGUCAAGUGAGCCCGUAUAUACUGAAAGUACUCCUAUAAUGCCAGGAACACCUAGAAUUAAUAAACUGGAGAUUGAGGGAAGAGGAUUUCACACUAAUUUGUAUGCUGUUCGAGGAGUUUAUAGUGGAGGAAAAGAGGGAAAAAGCAGAAUACAGUGGCUUAGAUCCAUGGUUGGCAGUCCUGAUCUCAUCUCUAUUCCAGGAGAAACGGGAAGGAUGUAUGAAGCUAAUGUUGAUGAUGUGGGGUACCGACUUGUAGCAGUAUACACCCCUGUGAGAGAUGAUGGAGUUGAGGGACACCCGGUCUCGGCUUCAACAGAGCCAAUAGCAGUUGAGCCUGAUGUUCUUGAAGAAGUGAAGAAAAAGCUUGAUUUUGGUUCUGUGAAGUUUGAGGUAAUAUGCAACAAGGCUCCAUCAUCCAAGAAGAUUUUGGAUACUGGGGGACUUGAGAGGAGAAUGCUUGAAAUCAACAGAAAGAGAGCCAAAGUGGUGAAGCCUGGUUCUAAAACCUCUUUCCCAACUACUGAAAUGCGUGGCAGUUAUGCUCCUCCAUUCCAUGUGGAGGUUUUUCGCAAUGAUCAACACCGGUUGAGGGUUGUGGUUGACAGCAAUAAUGAAGCAGAUAUUAUAGUGCAUACACGCUACUUGAGGGAUGUAAUUGUGCUUGUUCUCAGAGGUUUAGCUCAAAAAUUCAACAGCACAUCCCUAAAUUCUUUGUUGAAAAUAGAAACAUAGGAACUUGUUCACAGUUUCACACAGCGAAUCAAUGUAAAGGUCAUUUUCAUCAGUCUGAAGUAAGGUUUGUUUCAUAUCCGUUUAUUUUCUAACUUGUAUCGAAAUUUUCAUUAAAAUUCAUCAUAGACAAUGUCAGGUCGUGUAGCUAGAAGUUUGGCUCUGUAAAUUUAUUAAUUUAUGACGAUGAAUAGAGAAUUCAAUGAUGUUUUAAUACUAUAUGUAUAUCAUCGUAUAUUUUAUAUCU